CACUAGUGCAGGCAGUGAGCUGUGCACUUGAGCAGUUUUGAAAGCGAAAGCAGCAAGCAGCGAGAAGGCCAAAAAUUCUAUUCCUCAAAAGCACGAAGACCUUUUUUUAUUGAAUGUUGAAAAGUUUUUCUUAUUUUGUGCAACAAUCACUAUCACAUUGGUUGACAUCAUGUCCCAGGACAAGGGAAAACUGUCAAAGUGGGUAGUGCCUUCAUUUGGGGAUAUCCCCUCGGGCUCCGCACCUUCGGCCAAAAAGCACCGGCAGGAUAGUUCCCAACCAACCCCUCGAAUUAAAUCAAACUCAAAUGAAAUUCCCUGGGUCGAAAAAUACUGCCCUAAAUCUGUGGGUAACCUGGCUGUGCACAAGAAGAAGGUUGAGAGUGUCUAUGACUGGCUUCAACUAGCAUUAAUCCAGCCGGAGGUCCCUAAGUUUUCCCUCGUGAAAGGUCCAGCUGGCAGUGGAAAAAGUACUACAGUGAAGGUUUGUGCCAAAAAUCUGGGAAUUGACGUCACGGAGUGGAUCACACCAAGCAAUUUCAGCAACUUUAAAGUCUUCAGUGAAGAAAAUGGUAAUUUUCCUGGAAACAAAGAAUUUGAUUGCUACAAAAGUGACAGACAGAUGUUCAGAGAUUUUGUGAUCAAAGGAAGCCGCUUUCGCAGUUUAUUUUCUUUGACGGGAAGCAAGAAAGUAAUUUUGGUCGAAGACUGGCCUGCAAGUUUUCUCCGAGAUCCUACACCAUUGCAUGAAAUUCUAGAGGAAUUUUCUCAGAUUGGAAAGUGUCCUUUGGUGAUGAUUACCGGAGAAGACAGUGUGUUCAACAAGCUCAUUCCUGAAAAUCUCAUCAGGCAGUAUGGCAUUGAUGUUUUCACAUUCAAUCCGAUGGCGCCGACGCUGUUGAAGAAAGUCCUCUGCGACAUUUCGGCGAAAGAAGCGCCAUCGAAUUUGAACGCAAAAGACAUAAUCGAGAGCAUCUGCCAGUCAAGCUGCGGAGACCUCAGGUCAGCCAUCAACACGCUUCAGUUCGCCUGUCUCAGAGGUUUCACCAAAGGAGCUGCGGACGCUGUGAAAGGCAAAAGCCAACAAAAAUCGCCAGAGAAGAAAAAGCGGAGGCUAGACGAGCAGGGGCAGCAGAAGCAACUGGCCAAAAUUGGCGGGCGUGACGCUCCUGAUGACUUCUUUCAUGUGAUAAGCAAAGCCCUUUAUGCCAAAAGAGAGGAUAAUGGAGCGUUGAAAACGUCUCCGAGUCAAAUUGUUGAAAAGGUGACGGACAAAUCGGAAAUGUUUACUGGAUUCUUGCAGGAGAAUUAUCUGGACUUCAUGCCAGACAUUCAGGCAGCAGCAAAAUGCGCCGAAAACCUGGAGCUGGCCUCUCGCCUCUUGGCAAAUUCGUUUGACAGACCUUCACUGGCCAUAACAGGGCUGCACGUUGCCUCACGCGGCAUCAUGUCCAUAAAGAGAGACAAAAAUCGAGCAUCGUUCUUCAAAAGCCACCGCAAACCAAAGUACAUCCAAGCGGAAGCUGGUUUCAAAGAAUUGAGUUUGGAUGCAAGGAGGACUUUCCCUUUCAGCAACGCCUCUAGUAGUGCCCUCCUCUCUGAACUCUUGCCGUUUGCUGCAUUGAUCCAACCCCAUGGCCUCAGCUAUGCGCAAACGUCUGUUGUAAAUAAACUACCUCUCGAUAGAUCUCAUGUUUUUCUGAAACCGAGUGUGCCUCCAAAUCGACUUUCCCAAAAUGGGAAUGAGAUUGAUGCGGAGUUCAAAAUCGUGGAGAUUGAUAGUGACUGAAAAGAUCACAAAGAAUCAGCCUGUGUAUAUAAGUAAAAUAAAACUUGUUUUCUUCAUCACGAACCAAAA